ACGCUUAUCGAAUGCUAGUAAACGUUUUCUAACUUCUAUAAUUUAGUAAAAAUAACUAUCACAGUUGUUAAUAAAAUGCAAAUGGAUUUUGAUGUGGUUUUGGAAAAGUGCGGCAGUUUCGGACGUUUUCAAUACAUUAUACUGUUAUGUUUCGGAAUUGUGAAUAUUCUUUCGUCGCUUCAUUAUUAUUCACAGAUUCUGAUUACUUUUACACCGGAGCAUUGGUGCUAUCACGAGAAGUUGGCCAACGCUAGUUUUGAGGAAAUUCGCGCGGUUUACGCCCAAACUCAGAGUCCACACUGCACACGUCUCUACGAUAUAGUCGACGGCAAGCCAAUUGUUGCUGAAGUGGGACCAUGUCAGCAGUGGAUCUAUGAAUAUGAGAGAGGAUAUCAAACCAUCACCACACAACUCAAUUGGGUAUGUGAUGACGCCUUUCAGUCGGCGGUAGGCCAAUCGCUGUACUUUUUGGGUUCCGUUGCAGGAACAAUGUUUUUCGGUUUCUUAGCCGACAAAGUCGGACGUCUACCUGCAAUGAUUUGCACAACUUUAAGUGGGGCUUUAGGUGAUUUCCUAACAAGCUUUGCCAAUAAUUUGCCAACAUUUGCGCUUUUCCGUUUCGUUUCCGGCCURUCCACAGAUACGCUGUUCUACCUCAUGUAUAUAAUGGUAUUCGAAUACUUGUGUCCACAGAAGCGCACGCUCGGCCUGAAUCUGAUAACCGGUGUAUUCUAUUUUACCGGCUUGGUACUCACACCAUGGUUUGCACUUUGGUCCGGUUCAUGGCGCCUCUACCUGUACAUCGCUUCUAUGCCUGCGCUGAUUGUAUUCACUUUUCCAUUUUUGAUUUGUGAGAGCGCACAGUGGCUGAUCACAACACAMCGCUAUGAACGCGCCGUCAAAUGUCUGAAGCGWGUUGCCAAAAUAAACAAACGCGAAGUGAAAGACGAAGUAUUCGAAGAGUUCGUAGCAUAUUAUCAGAAGAAGGCGGCCGACGAGCGCAAACUCGUUGCCACGAAAGACACUUUCUGGGGCAUGUUCCGUACACCACAGACGUCUCAAUAA